AUGGGUUCGGUAUCAGUCGCAAGCUUCAAUGCACCGACGGACGAGCGGCAAGAUGUAGGCGCAACCAACAUCGUCGCUGUCGAUUACCCACCAACAAUCAAUACGGCAUCGAUAGACGCCAUAGCAGUCGCCAGAUCUAUCGUGGCGGAGUUCAACGAAAUCAUCAAGUCGAAGGAUUAUAAGGCAUUGGGUGAUCUCUUCCUUGAUGAUUCCUACUGGCGGGACCAUCUGUGCCUUUCCUGGGACUUUCACACACUGAAAGGUCGGAAUAGGAUUUCAAGCUUUCUGGAAACAGCGACAAAAGCCCCGCAUAUCGAUAUUGACGAAACAGAGGCUCAUCGAUCGCCUCAAGUCGCUAAUGUUGAUGUUUACGGGCACGUCAAAUGCGUCACUACGUUCCUCAAAGUAACCACUGAUGUGGGCUCCGGGCAAGGAGUGCUAAGGCUGACAAAGAGGAAUGAAGACUGGAAAAUACUUACUCUAUUCACAACCUUGCAGAAACUGGAUGGACAUGAAGAACCGCGAGGGUCGCGACGGCCGACAGGCCAUGAGGGCGGCCGCAACGGCAAGAAUUGGCACGAAACUAGGACUGAUGAUCGGACUUACCACGAAAAAGAGCCCACAGUCUUGGUAAUCGGCGCUGGACAAGGCGGACUCACGGUUGCUGCUCGUCUGAAGAUGCUUGGCGUCAAUACAUUGGUUGUCGACCGCGAGGGGCGAGUGGGUGAUAAUUGGCGCAACAGAUACAGACGCCUUGUCCUCCAUGACCCCGUCUGGUUCGAUCACCUCCCCUAUAUGAAAUUCCCCGAUUACUGGCCCGUCUUCACUCCCAAAGAUAAACUAGCCGAAUGGUUUGAAUCGUACGUCAGUACACUCGAGCUGAAUGUCUGGACUCAGACAGAGCUCGUUUCAUCUUCUUGGGACGAGGGCAAAGGGCAGUGGACUGUCACCCUGGAGCGGCAAAGUAAUGGGGAAAAGGCAACGCACACGUUCCAUCCACGUCAUAUUAUCCAAGCGACAGGACAUUCGGGAAAAAAGAAUUUCCCAACCAUUAAGGGCGCCGAAUCUUUCAAAGGCCGCUUGUGCCACAGUUCUGAGUUUCCUGGUGCUACACCAGAUUCUCAUGGGAAACAUGCAAUUGUCGUCGGCUGUUGCAACUCAGGGCACGAUAUCGCUCAAGACCUGUAUGAACACGGCUAUCACACUACGAUGGUCCAGCGUUCCAGCACAUGCGUUGUAUCUUCAGAGUCGAUUACUGAUAUUGCUCUGAAGGGACUCUAUUCGGAAGGAAGUGUUCCAGUUGAUGAUGCCGAUGUCUUGAUGUGGAGCUUGCCAAGUGAGUUGGCUAAGAGGCAGCAAAUUCAGGUCUGCGAUCUGCAAAACGACAACGACCGCAAAACCCUCGAGGGCCUCCAGAGUGUAGGUUUCCGAGUGGACAAAGGGCCAAAUGGCGCCGGUCUUUUCUACAAGUAUUUACAGCGCGGCGGUGGCUACUACAUUGACGUUGGGUGCAGUCAGCUCAUCAUCGAUGGGAAGAUAAAGAUCAAGCAAGGACAAGAGGUCGAAGAGGUUCUGCCUCAUGGGUUAAAAUUUACUGAUGGCUCUCAGCUCGAGGCUGAUGAGAUCAUCUUUGCUACCGGGUAUGAAAACAUGAGGACGCAAGCCAGGAUCAUAUUUGGCGACAACGUUGCUGACCGUCUGAAUGACGUGUGGGGAUUCGACGAAGAAGGGGAGUUCCGCACGAUCUGGCGUCGAAGCGGCCAUCCUGGGUUCUGGUUCAUGGGCGGAAAUUUGGCACUGUCGCGAUACUAUUCACUCCUUUUGGCAUUGCAGAUCAAGGCGUUGGAGGAAGGCCUAGCAACCUACGGAAGCACGUCUUGA